UGCCAUACCAAUACAAAGUCGGUCAUACUUUGUUCCCUACCACGCCAACAAAAAUUAUACCUACAUUAGAUCAUGAGUUGGGAUUUUCAGGAUUCCCAAAAGGCGCCGCUAAUCGCAUCCCAGUUGAGAUUUGGGAGUGCAUUCUCAGCUUUGCUCUCACUUGGCCCCUACUACCCUCGGAAGACGACGAGUUGAUUAGGAAUAUACGACUGUUCUCGCACGAUUGUGAGAAUCUCGAAGAGUUCCAUCGUACCGAGCGGACCCGAACGAAGCUUCAGUUGGUCUGCAGCAUCUGGAAUGAGAUCCUCAAGCAGCAAUCGAAGCGUCUAUGGAUGGGUCCACCUUCUAGCCUUUCAACAGCAUCGUCUUUUUCUAGAGUCAACUCGAUGGAUGCGCGAUGUCAUACCAACGGCGGCUGCUGUCUCCCAACAUGGCAAACGAUAUACGUAAUCGAUGCUGCAUCAACUCCAUUAUUCGACUGUAGUUCGACAGAAGUAAUUAUCUCUUACGAUAAAACGCUAUCGACCGAUGAAAUUUGUCAAUUCCCUAACCUACGUCUCCUCAGAAUGUGCACAGACGAGCGAGAAGGUGGUCUCCCUGCCGGUCUGCUCCCAAUAGUCUGUAACCUCCGACACCUGACGCACCUUCAACUUCGACAUCUAUAUCUUCCCGGGUUUCGCGAUCAACCCCUUCACCUACCUUGCCUACAUACAUUGGCGAUCGAGUACGAAAUCGUUGAUGGCCCCGACGAUGGACGAAAGCACGAUUAUCCACGAUUCAGUUUAUGGUAUUUACCGAGGUUAAUCAAUCUUGAGAUUGCAGGGCGCUUCCUAGGCCCGGUACCGGAUGUGGAAGAGGAAAUGAUGGAGCUUCUACAGAUGGUGGCCCCAACAUUGCAAGGCCUAUCCUUUGCAGUCACUGUCCAUCUAUACUCCAUCUCCUCUCUCCCUGGACGAUCGGCCUCACCUUUUGCCACCUACAACUCGAACGAAGAUUUCCUUUUAAAUCUUUAUCGGGCGAGAUACUGGGCGAUUGCAGAGUUCGGAAUGCCCAUUGGUUGGGCCACAUUGAGAAGGCAGCUGGAAAAGGAAGCUAUCGAAAGCGACUCUACCAACCCAGGAAGCAAAAGCAGUCAUAGCUUGGCUACACUCCUUCAUGCUCCCAAAGCAUCUUCAAGAACAAGUGAGGCACAUUGUGAGGAAUAUCAACUCACAAAUCAUGAUCUUGAGUGGAGACGAGAACCACAUGCUGAAAAUGCCAGGAGAAAGCUAUGA